AUGCAGCUUCUGGACAAGUUCCCUAUUGAAGGAGGCCAGAAAGACCCCAAGCAAAGAAUCAUCCCUUUUCUACCAGGCAAGAUCCUGUUCCGGAGGAGCCAUGUCCGAGACGUAGCUGUGAAGAGGCUGAAGCCCAUCGACGAGUACUGCAGGGCGCUGGUUCGGCUUCCUCCUCACAUUUCACAGUGCGAUGAAGUCUUCAGGUUCUUUGAGGCUCGCCCAGAAGACCUUAACCCUCCAAAAGAGGACUAUGGAUCUUCAAAGAGAAAAUCAGGUGCUGAUGCUAGCUCUGAACCCAUGAUCCUGGAGCAAUAUGUGGUGGUGUCCAACUAUGAGAAGCAGGAGAACUCUGAGAUCAGCCUCCAGGCUGGAGAGGUCGUGGAUGUCAUAGAGAAAAACGAAAGCGGCUGGUGGUUUGUGAGCACAGCAGAGGAGCAAGGCUGGGUCCCUGCUACGUACUUGGAAUCCCAAAAUGGAACCAGAGAUGACUCUGACAUCAACACAUCCAAACUUGGGGAAGUUUCUAAGAGACGCAAGGCUCACCUGAGACGCCUGGACCGGCGAUGGACGCUGGGCGGGAUAGUCAACAGGCAGCAGAGUCGAGAAGAGAAAUAUGUCACUAUCCAGCCAUACGCCAGCCAGGGGAAGGAUGAGAUUGGGUUCGAAAAAGGGGUCACCGUGGAGGUCAUCCAAAAGAACCUGGAAGGAUGGUGGUACAUAAGGUAUCUAGGCAAAGAGGGCUGGGCCCCAGCUUCGUAUCUGAAGAAGGCUAAAGAUGAUCUCCCAUCUAGGAAAAAGAACUUAACUGGGCCAGUGGAAAUCAUAGGAAACAUCAUGGAGAUCAGUAACCUGCUGAACAAGAAAUCAUCCACUGACAAGGAAACUCAAGCGGAAAACGAGAAUGCAGAAACCCAUAUCACUAAGAAGGAAAUCAGUUUGCCCAUCCUGUGCAAUGACUCUAAUGGCAAUGCCAUGAUGACCCCAGACAAGCAAGCUUCCAAACUGGCCCAGGGAUCCCCAGCCAUAGCAAGGAUAGCACCACAAAGAGCUCAAAUAAGUUCUCCAAAUCUAAGAACAAGGCCACCUCCACGAAGAGAAUCCAGUCUGGGUUUUCAGUUGCCCAAACCACCAGAGCCACCCUCCGUGGAAGUGGAAUACUAUACCAUUGCAGAGUUCCAGUCAUGUAUCUCUGAUGGCAUAAGCUUUCGUGGAGGACAAAAAGCAGAGGUUAUAGAAAAGAAUUCUGGUGGCUGGUGGUACGUGCAGAUUGGAGAGAAGGAAGGAUGGGCUCCAGCAUCUUACAUUGACAAGAGGAAGAAGCCAAAUUUAAACAGAAGAACCAGUACUUUAACCCGCCCAAAAGUUCCUCCCCCAGCACCUCCCAGUAAACCAAAAGACUCUGAAGAAGGAACAACUCCUGGAACAGUUUCUUCAGGAGAUAACCAGGAUUCUCCCCACAAGCUGAAAUAUGAAGAACCUGAGUAUGAUGUGCCUGCCUUUGGUUUUGACUCGGAAUGUGAAGUGAGUGAAAGUCAUCGAGAAGAGGGCACUCCUGAAAAACGACUGUUUCAGCCCCUCAAGCCCUCUCCUGUGUCAUCACUUCAGAAAGCAAAGUUCAAAGUAGGAGAGUCUUCAGAAGAUGUUGCUCACGAAGAAGAGACCAUCUAUGAGAAUGAGGGAUUCAGGCGUUAUGUGGAAGAUGCUUUGUCCAAUAAGGAAUCCAGUGGAGACUCCGAUUCUCAGAAAAGCUCCUCUCUUUCCUUGAUCCGAAGGAAUUCUCCAUGUUCCAGCUCUCCUAAAUCAUCACUUGUGAAGCUCAAGAUGGACAAAAACGUCCAGCCCGAUCUUGGAAAAUGUCACUAUUCCAGGAGCGAGGAGACGAAACCAAGGUCAGCUUCAGAUGUUGGCUUACGCAGCAUUCCAAGAACAGGCAUGAAGAAAGAGCCUGGGCAGAGUCCUUCCAUUAGAGCAAAGCCAAUCGUUAGGCCCAAACCCUUCCUGAACAAGGCAGACUCUCAGAGCCAAGAAAAGAUGGAUAUCAGCACUUUAAGGCGUCAGCUGAGACCAACUGGGCAACUCAGAGGUGGACUUAAAGGUUCAAGAAGUGAAGAGUCCGAGAGCCCCCCACACACAGCUUCUGAGAACCAAGAUGAUCCUGUUAGGAGAGGCUCGGCUGAUCUGAUUACAGCUCCUUCCCGUGGCAUUUUCUGCUCUAGCCAACCAGCCAAAACUGAGCAAGAAAAUGACUCCAGAUGUUUCUAUGUGACCAUUGACUCAUACCAAAAAGUACAGGAUUCUGAAAUUUGCUUCCCAGCAGGAGUAGAAGUAGAAGUGCUGGAAAAGCAAGCCAGUGGAUGGUGGUACCUGAAAUAUGGAGACAUGGAAGGCUGGGCUCCUUCCCAUUAUUUGGCUCUCCCUGAUAACCAGCGAGAAACAACGUCAGGAGAGACUGAUGCUUCAUUUGCCAGGAACAGGAAAAAUGAAAACAAGUCAAACAGUUUAGAGAAGAUAGAGAAGAGAGUUCAGGCUUUGAACACUAUCAAUCAGAGCAAACGUGCAACACCACCCAUCCCAAACAAACCUCCUGGUGGUUUUUCAAAACCAUCAGGGCCAGUCAAAAUGAGGAAUGGUGUGAGGCAACUUGCCGUCCGGCCGCAGUCAGUGUUUGUGUCUCCACCACCAAAGGAUAACAAUCUGUCAUGCUCCUUGCGCAGAAAUGAGUCUUUAACAACUACAGAUCAUCUUAGGACCGUCCGUCGGAAUUCUUCCUUCAGCAACGCAUGGUCACAGCCCGGUGACGCGAAGGGAAAGCAGCCUGAGCGGUCAGGUACAGAGGGCUCGGAGACCACCUCCAACCUCCCUGCCCAGAGGAAUGGGAUUCCUGUGUCCACAGUUAGGCCAAAGCCCAUUGAGAAAUCCCAGUUCAUCCACAACAACCUCAAGGACAUCUAUGUUUCCAUUGCAGACUAUGAAGGGGAUGAGGAGACUGCAGGGUUUCAGGAAGGUGUCUGCAUGGAGGUCCUCGAAAGGAACCCAAAUGGCUGGUGGUACUGCCAGAUCAUGAAUGGCGUGAAGCCAUUCAAAGGCUGGGUGCCCUCAAAUUACUUGGAGAAAAAGAACUAAUACUGCAAUAUCUUUAACCUCCCUAAUUUAUACUGUUCCUGCUGUGUACAUGUGGAAAAAACAAUUGCUACACAAAAAGACGUUUCCCUGUGCUCCAGUUUGUACAAAGGGACAAAGGAGUCUAUGCUGAGGACAAAUCUGCCAUGUUCUGGAGAGGUUUGUGGGGUUAACGUGUUGUAAGCAACCAUGAGGAAGAUGCAGCAUAGUCAAAUGCCUUUUUGUGAAGUUGUUAAUAAUCUUGUAUGUGUAACAGGGUAUGACAUCCCAUCUUUCCCGUUAUUGAUAGGAAACCAAAUGUGUGCCUUUUGUGAGAGAGAAAUACACAUGCAUCUACUUGGGGAGUUUUGUGCCAAACUGUUUUACAAUCUUGGCUCCCUUUCUCCUCGUUCUUGUCCGUACAUGGAAUACCCAAGAGUUUUGGAUGCGUUUCCACAACUUACAGUGAGAAGCGAAUGGAAGUUUCUGAAACACAGAGGGACUCUAAUUC